CAAGCAUGGAUUAAACUAGACUAGUUUAACCUAAUUUGAAUAUGUCGUGGCUUGGAGGACUGAAUGACAGUUUUAAUCAAAUUUCUUCCUUUACUGGACAACUAGGUGGACAAUUAUCUAAUUUUACAAAAGAAGUGCUAACCGAAGAUGCUGAUAAUGAAAUUGAUUAUGGAGUUGAAGCAAAAAAGUUGGAAGAUCAACAAAAACAAAAUGCAGUAUUGAUACAAAAUUUGAAGCAAGAAAAUAUAGAUUUGAAGCAGAAAGUUCACACAGCUGAACUACACAUAAGUACUUCUGGGAUUGAAUAUGAAGCAAGAUUGGAAAAGAAAACUAAAGAAAUUAAUGAAUUGAAGCGAAAAUUAUCUGAUCACACUGGUCUUCGUACUCAUGACAUUGGGGUAGCUGGUAAUCCAUUAUUCUCAUCAUCAUUUUCCAAUGUUAGUCUUAACGAUGAAGAUGAAGAAUUUCAUGAAAUUAUCAACUAUCAAAGAGAAAUCGGCAAAUUAUCUCAAGAAUUAGAAGAAACUAAAAAUGAGCUUCAAAAGUGGAAAGAAAAGGCGGAAAAUGCCAAGAGCGCCACAUUGGCGAAAAGCUUCGAUGGACAAAACACAGAUGCCUUAGCCUUACUGCAAUCCCGUAUAAGGGAGCUUGAAGAUGCACUUCGAAGAGAAUCAGUUCAUCACCAACAAGAGAUCAGAUCAAUUCAAGAUGCGAAUAAUGCAACAAUCAGCAAAUAUCAGGAAGAGAUACGGACAUUGAAAAGAAGUAGAUCUGAUCUACCUGCUUCACAUGACGCCGUCGACUUAGAUAAAGAAGUUCCAUUCAACAAUAGACAGGAAGUCGAAAAUUUAACUUCAGAACUCAAUUUAUUAAAAGAACAAAUGAGAACCAGAAAUAGACAGUUACAGAUCCAAAAGACACAAAUUCAGGAAUUGACAACUUCUCAAAAGGAAAAGGAAAUUGAACUAAUUGAAGUUAAAGAGACUGAAACACUCUUUCGUAAAGAAAAUGAAGAAAUGAAAAAUGAGAUUGCUGAACUCACUUCAAAAUGCAAAGAAAUGGAGCAGAAUUUUGAUGAUGUGAAAUCUGGGCUUUCAGAAUUCAUCACGAAAGCCAAUAUACAAGUUUUAUUUGAUGUUGAAAAUCUUCCGGAAUCUAUCAAAAAUAUUAGCGAAUCUUACUGUCAUUUGGAGGAAGAAAGAACUCUUGUUUUAACCCAAAAUGAUGAGCAACAUGCUGAAAUCGAAAAGCUCAAUAACAAGGUGGCAGAACUUGAAACAUUACUAAGAGAAAAUGUUCAGGAGAGUGAAGCGGAGGAAGACAAUUAUGACAUAGAAUUAGCUGAAUCAGAUCAAUGGCAUAAAGAAGGGUUGAAUCAAGUAGCAGAAGAAGAUCAAAAUGUUGAACAGCAAACUGAUGAUGUUGAAUCAGAUCAGCAUCAAAGAAGAAAUAAUCAACGAUUGCCUCAUCAUCUCAAUUUUGGUUCUCCCAUCAGUCACAGUUCACCUCAAGUUGUUUCACAUUCGAGACGAAGAUUGCGAGAAGAAAAUCAAUUCUCGACACCUACAACUGAUCCCGGUGAUCUUACUCUCACUUUGCAAGCAUUAAAGAAGCAGGUAGAGGACUAUGAACUUGAAAUUGUGCAAUAUGAGCAAGUUCAGAGUGAGUGGCAAGCUGAAAAGAAAUCACUUCAAGAAUUACUCAGCAGAUAUCAGAGUGACCCUGAAGGACAAUCAUUAAAUGAACCACAAGAUGAGCGUGCUGUUACAUUGGAAAAGUUGAAACAAGAAUUGAAUGAAUUGCAAGAAGCUAGAUGUGCCUUGGAGAAGGAAACUAACAGGCUUCAACAAGAAAAGGAACAGUUACAAGUUGCAACUAAGAAUCUUGAAGAAGAAUUGAAUGAAUCGAUAUCAGAAACACAAACUCAAAAAGAUCAAACGGACUCACUGAGACAUCAAUUGGACAAAUUUGAGAACGAAAAAGAAAAAUUGCAAGCGGCAUACGAUGUACUUACCCAAGAAUUGAAUAAAAGCAGGGAGGAAAAGAAUGAUUUAAAUGAAGCUCUCGAUGCCCUUGAUACUCAACAUCAGGAUGAGAUGGCACAACUACUCACAGUGAGAGAUGAUCUGAAGGAACAACUCAAAUCUACCAAGUUUCAACUUGAGGAAGAAAAAGUGUCUGGAGAAAAACUGUCAAAUGACCUAGAUAAUACAAAAAUGCAACUGGCGGAUGUCUCACAAAGUAACAAUGAAUGUUCCCAGGAAAAUGAUGAUGAAAUUUCUUCUCUGAACUUGAAAUUAUCGAAGCUUGAGUCAGAAAAGAAUGACAUCGAAUUGAAACUCAAAAACUAUGUAAUAAGUAUGGAAAAGUUACAAAAUGAGAAUGAGAAAAAAUUAUCUGUCAUUGAAGAACUCAAACAAACUCUCAAUAAAGUUGAAAAAGAAAAGCAAUUCUUUGAUGAAAAACACACUCAACUUGAGGAAGAUAUGAGACAGAAGGAUGGUGAGCUAGCAGAUGUUAGAGUAAAAUUGCAAGAACUUGAGCGUCAUCAUGAGAAUAUGAAUCAGAGUCACUUGCAAUUAGAAAAAGCACUUCAAGUCAAAGAAGGUCUUCUCGAAGAUACUCAAGUCGAGAAAAAUGAAACUGAGAAAUGUUCUUCUUCUGAAAUUUCUCGCUUGCAUGAAGAAAUUGAAAGUCUCGGAACAGAGUUGGAAAAUGCUGGCAGAGAAAUGGCAGAAUUUCAAUCUUCUCACAUGGAAGAGAAAAAGAAAAUUUUGAAAGAUAAUCAGGACUUGAUUAAAAAUAUCGAAGAUGGUUUUCAAGUAAAAUUAAAAGCACUUUAUGACGAACAAGAAGUAUUUAAAAAGGAAGCUGCUGCAACUGAGAAGGUCUAUAAAGACAAGAUUGAACAUUUGGAAAAAAUAAACUUUAAUCUCCAGAAGCAAAUGGAAAAGAAUGAAAAUGAAGCUUUCCAACAAUCGGCAACAAUCAGUCAUGACAAUGAUGAGUUGAUACAAAACCUCCAAUCAAAACACUCAAAUAUCACAGAUCAGUACAAUGCACUUUUAGAUGAUCAUAAUGCACUUAUAAGUUCUUUUCAAACAGAACGAGCAUCUUUAGAAAACAGGUUUAAAUUAGAAACGGAUGGAAAAAUACAACUACAAAAAGAGUGUUCAGAACUAAAAAAUUUAUUACAAAAAGCCAAAGAUAGCGAAACGGGUUUGCUUUCUGAAUUAAGUACUUUGAGGGUUGAGUUGGAACAAGCAAAGCAAAAAAUUGACUUUCUUUCUGAAAAUGAAAAUGUUCUUGUAAAGAAAAACAACGAUAUCGAUUCAGAUCAAGCCGAAAAUAGCGCUUUGCAGACUCUUCGUGAAGAAUAUGAAAAAAAGUUGAAUCGGCAAUUGACAGAAAUUGAUAAUUUGAAGAUGAGGUUAUCACUUGAGUCGCAACAUCCCAGUGCAAGGCCUGAGAUGAACUUAGAGAAAUUAUUGAACUCUAUCGAUGGGCAAGACAUUGCUGGUUUGGAAAAAUCUGAUCUUUCAAAAGAUGAUAUUGGGUUAUUGUUGCAGUUGGUGAAAGAACGAGAUGAAGUCAUUUCAAUGUUGACUCAACGUCGUUCUGAAGAAGAUAGUAAUACGAUGGCUUCGGUUGCAGAAAUCAGGAGAUUGGAAGAUGAGAACCGUGCACUUACUGCCGACAAAGAUCAGAUUUUAGCUGUGAUUUCUGAAAAAACGAAAGAAAAUAAAAAGCUGAAAGACGAAGCUCAUAAAAUGAUGGGAAUUGUUGCUGAAAGCAAUGCUGCUCUCCAGAAGGUACAACAAGAAAAUAUGGCACUUCUUGCAAAGUAUGAAGGUUAUGAUAGAGAGAUGACAAAAGAAGCUGUUGGAAAGCUAUCUAGAUUAGUUACAGAGAAAGAACUGGAAAUAGAAUCUUUGAAACAGAAAUGUGGAACAUUGUUAGAAGUUCUUCAGCAACAACCAACUACUGGGGGUUCUGUGCCAGACAAAAAUGCUGUAUCUGGUCAACAAGUACAAAAUCUAAUCAGAGAUAAAGAAACACUUACAGGCCAGGUCCAACAACUUUUAACUGAAAGAAACCACUUGGUGGCACUCUUAAACCAACGGCAAGUUGAGGUUGAGCAAGUCAGAGGGGAAGUUGUAAAAGCUUCAGAAGCACUUAAACAUGACUCUGACAACAACUCUAAAUUACAAAUCGAUUAUGGAAAUCUGGUUCAUGAUUACGAGCAAACUCAAAUGAAAUUGUCGUCGAUGCAAAGAGACUUGUUUCCACUUCGAGAAAAAAUGAUAGAACUUGAGAAUAUAAAACAAGCAUUGUUGAAAAAGUUGGAUGAUGACACUGCAGUCAAGUUGGUGUCUGAGGAUUUUCAAAUGUCUUCCAGAGAUAAAAAUGAAGAUAGAAGUGCUACUAAUAACUCAAGUCAAGGUUAUACAGCCACAUCAAGCAGUGAAAUGAGGAAUUUGAAGGAAAGUUUGAAACAAAAACAAGAUCUUGUUGAUCAAGUAACACAAGAGAGUACAAAGAAAAGUAUUGAGAUUGAAAAAUUGAUAAAUGACUCCAAAGAAAAAGAUUUGUUGAUUCAUUCUCUAACAGAAGCAAAAACAAGAUCUGAAAAAGAUUUGAUGGCGAAAUUAAACGAAGUCGAAAUUUUACGGAAAUCGGUAGAAAAUUUAAGAGAACAGGUUGCUGGUUUGAGUAAGAAUUGUGAAGAGGCGAGAUUGGAAGUGAGAGAUUACUCAAGUCGAUUGUCAGAAAAGGAUGCGGAAUCUCGAGCAUUUCAAGAAACAAAUGGGCAGUUGUCAAUGUUGCUUAAAGAAAAGGAAUAUGAAGUUGAAAAUGCUCGUGAAAAAUGUAAGAGACUACAAGAGAUGGCACAACAAAAUCGACAGGGAGAAGAGACCGAGUCACAGAAGUUGUUGGUUGAAUUGGAUAGUGCAAAACAAAUGUUAAUUGCUGCUCGACAUGAGAGAGAUCAGGUAAUGUUAUCCUUGAAACAACGGAAACUAGAAUCGGACAAAUACUCAGAAGAAGCGAGGGCUUUAAGAGAAAAGGAAACUAAGCUUGAAUCGGAACUCUCUCGACUACGCAAUCAUUUAAUACAGGUUGAAGAAGUUUAUACUCAAGAAGCAAUGCUUGCUGAAGAACGAGAAAAUAACCUCAAGGAACAAUUGCAGCAAACUCGAUCAACAAAUAUGGCGACACGGGAGGCAAGUGAACAGACACAACAACAAGCGGAAAGUCUGCAAGAACAGUUGCGAACUGCAAUAGCUCAGAGGGAUCAGGCUAUCCAACAACUCCAGCUUACUCAAGAACAAGGUAUGCAAUAUGCAUCAGCGUUACAAAAGCUACAAGUUGCAGUUGAAAGGAUGCAAAGAGAAGAUGCUGCUAAUUUUGCCGAACAACUUGACAAAGUCAAAUUACAAUUGGAAUCUAGAAAUAAUGACGCAAAUGCUUUUGAAACAUUGGCAAAUGAACUCAAGAUGAAACUCGAAAAUGCUAAUGAAGCUCUGAAGUCUGCAUCAAGACUCAACCAACAACUUGAGUUGAAAGAAGAAAAUAUUUCUCAAUUGAAAAACAUGGUUGGUGAAAAGCAACUACAUAUUGACGAAUUACAAGACAGGUUGCACGACAUCGCUUCUAAAAAUGAGUCAAUGGUGGACAAAGAAAUUGUCAAAAAUCUUAUUAUUGGAUACUUCACAUCACCAAACAAUAAACGGCCCGAUGUGCUUCGGCUGAUCACAGCUGUUCUUCGCUUCUCUCAACAAGACGUUGAGCGAAUGAAUGCUGGGGCACCACCAGAAGGAGCUAGAGGGUGGAUUGGUAGUUGGUUUCGGCAAGGUGGCUCACAACAAGCUAGACCAAGCAUGAGUCUCCCUGCUUCUCCGAGAAGUGGAUCUACAAAUGAGACGUUUACACAAAUGUUUGUAAAAUUUUUGGAAACUGAGUCUGUACCUCACCAAGCUGCCAAGUUACCAACAACAGCCAUGAUAAAUGAAGCGCAACAGAAAACGAAUUUGCGAAGGCCUCCGAGAUCACCAGUGCUAUCAUCAGUGCCAACCCCAAUAGGCACGGUUGCGGCAGAACGAGCUGGACCUGUGGUCGCUGGAAGAUACAGUCCAUUCUUAUUAUCUACAUCCGGAGCAGUAACGCCUCAUCGAGGUCAGGGGUCCACUACAAGUCAUCCGGUGGUAUUACAUCCAGUUACCCCCAUCCUACCCACUUUUACGCCGAUUAUAAACCCUAAAUCAUCAGCAGAGCAAGAAAUCUUACAAGAUAUUUUAUUAAGCAAAAAUGACAGAUGAAACGGUCUUGUUUCAUUUGGAUUUCUAUUUUUGUGAUUCUGGGAUAAAUAUAGUGAGAGGAAUUUUACUUUGCAAUAAGCCCUUUGUGCCAAGUUACUGUGAAAUGUUUACUAUUUUCUAAAGUGUUAUAGUUUGACAUCAGAAUAUAUUUUAAAGUAACACAUCAUGAGUGUCCGAGAAGUAGAAUUGUUGAUCAGAUUUAUGGUGUGGUGUGCGUUUAUGAUUGUAUUCGCUCCAUACUGUUUCAUAAUCAUGAUAAUACUGUAAUAAUGUUUCUAAUUCAAGUUUUUAAAUGCGGAAUGAUAUUGAUUGAGUCAAACUUUGUGAUGUAAAAUUGUAUUUUUUUUUGGUGCUUUUUGUCUAAGUUAUUGUGUUUUAUAUUAAUUUCACAGUAUCUGUAAUAUAUUUCAUUCAAAAUAGUAUUCCAUAUGUAAAAUGUGCUGUGAUGAAUGCACAUAAUUAGGAUUGCUUUUUUGUUUCCAAGUGGUUCUAGUUUUGCCGUAGUGGCAAUUUGUCUGUAUCCUAUGGAUCAUACUAUGAAUUGUGUGUAGCCCUCAACAUGCCAUUUUCUUGUCAAAAAUGUGACAAGAGUCUACCUUUUCAAGUAAUUAUCUACAAAUGAAUUAUUUACAGUCAAUUAGAUUAAAAUUCUAAGAAAUGCAUGGACUUCAAAUUAUAACGGUCAAUGUGAACUUUUUACCUGACUACCUCAACAACAAAUUUUGGGUAGAAAAGGUGGAAGAUGUAAUACAUUAGUGGACACGGCUGGACGGCCUUUGUUGACACUUAAUUGGGGUUGUUCAAUAAUACAUAUGCUUCAAUAUAUAUUUCUUCCAGUCAUAGAACUCGCAAUAAACAAUAAAUCACUGGUAAACGAAAGUGCACACUUCUACAUAGAAUGAUUCAUUUUGUCCAUAUUUACUUUUGUUGUUGUUCUGUGUUCUCCUUCCCUUCAAAAGUUUUACUGAAGUGAGACUAAAUGCAAUUUAUUUACUGAAAGAAGAGGUCGACAUAACACAAAACAGUGUUAUUCCUGAAGGUGAACACAAAGAUUAAAAGUGACCCAUGUUCAAAAAAGUGCUAUUAUUUGCAUACGUUAUCAUAUAUGUUUGGUGUGCAAUGUACUGUUGGGAAAAUUUGAAAUAAAUAAAUAAGAAUCUGCCUUUGCAAGUGUGAGAUGAA